AUGCGCACCCUCACGCACCUCCACUUCCGCACCCCAAUCCCCUACAACACCGCCUCCCGCCUCCAAGAACACCUCGUCUCACGCUUCCUCGCGCACAAACGCUCUCCCACCGCCAUCCCCGCCCCACCCCCGUCCAUCAUAACCGCCGAAUUCCACCCCGUCUACACCAGCGGCCGCAGAGACGUCGGCGCCGUCUCCGCCACCCAGCAAGCCUACCUCCGCGCCUCGGGCCGCGCCUCCUUCGUCGAAGCCCUGCGAGGCGGGCAAACGACAUUCCACGGCCCGGGCCAACUCGUCGCGUACCCGAUCCUCGAUCUCCGAGCGCACAAGCUCACGCCCCGGAGCUAUGUGUGUCUGCUCGAGAAGGCGCUCAUAGCGACGUGUAAGCGGUACGGCAUCGAGGCCAUGACGACGGAGAAUACGGGCGUGUGGACAACGCCCGACGAUAAGAUUGCGGCCGUGGGCGUGCACAUGCGGAGGAAUGUGACGAGUCAUGGGGUGGGGCUGAAUGUGAGUACGGAUUUGUGGUGGUUUGAGAGGAUCGUGGCGUGUGGGCUGGAGGGGAAGAGGACGACGAGUUUUGAGCGGGAGGGGGUGAAGGGGGUGGGUGUGGACGAGGUUGGGAGGGUGUUUGUGGAGGAGGUGGUGGGGAGGUUGGAGGGGGUCGAGGGGUGGGUGAGGAGGGAUGCGGAGGAGGUUAUGGAGGAGUUGGGGAUCGGGGAGGGUGAGGGCGAUGCGUGCACGACAUUGUGGCUAGAAGAAUCGACAACGCCUAGAGGCGGCGACUCCGAACUCCAUCUCUACGAAUCGCUACCAGGUUAA